UGUUAGUUCGUCUUCAUUGGAUAUGGAUUCUACAAGCACUAACUCGGAGAGUAAUUUUUUAGGGGACACGGACGGACCGCAAAGAAAAAAGAAAACAAAAGGAAGUGCCGACGUGGGAAACGAACGACUCCACCCGAGGAACAGAUGGAAUCUCAGGAACAGAAUGUGAUCAACCUAUCCAAUUUCAGGUGUCGCUAUGGGAUCAAAAAUGUCACCCAGUUUUGCAUCUCUUUAUGUUGGACUGUUCGAACAGGAGUAUAUCUACAACACUCAGGCAAACCCCUUUAUUGACUACAUAGCCGUCUGGAGAAGGUACCUUGAUGAUGUAUUUUUUAUUUGGACAGGUUCCGAAAAACUAUUGGAGGAUUUUUUUACAUUUGUUAACUCAAAGAAUGAACACCUAAAAUUCACAAUAUCAUCUGACAAAGAGAAAAUGAAUUUCUUGGACAUUUUGAUAACUAAGGAGAACAACAUACUGAAAACGGACCUGUACCGAAAACCUACUGAUAGAAAUUCUAUUUUACAUGGUGAAUCAUACCAUCCUACUCAUCUAAAAAGGAAUCUGCCUAUCUCUCAAUUUAACAGGAUUAGACGCAUUUGUAGUUCUAAUGAUGAUUUUACCCGACAAAGUGUAGAAAUGCAAAAACGUUUCAGAGAAAGAAGGUAUAAGGAAUCUUGGAUCAGAGAUGCAUCAACUCGUUUUGCACAUUUGUCUCAGUCGGAUUGCCUCAAGAAGAAAAAUAAGACCAAUACUGAUGACAAGAAAAUAAUGUGUUCUAUACAGUACUCACCGGUAGCUAGAGCCAUUGAAGGUGCUAUCAAACGACACUGGCACAUACUUGAUACGGACCCCACACUAGGAUUGAGCUUUCAAAAUCCUCCUCGAGUGGUUUUUAAAAAACCACCUAACUUACGAAACAGACUAGUGCGAGCGGACCUACCUUCUACAAAAACUCCUCACUUUUUGAACACUAUUCCUGCUGGGAAUUACCCUUGUGGAAGAUGCCAGCAAUGCCAUUUUACCUAUAAAACUGAUACUUUUAACCACCCACAUAAUGGCAACAGAUAUAAGAUCAAAGAGGUGAUUUCUUGCUCUACCACUAACGUGAUUUAUAUGCUGACAUGCCCCUGUGGACUAUCUUAUAUAGGCAAGACUACUAGAACAUUAAAAACCAGGAUCUCAGAACAUCGCAGUGCUAUCAGAAAUGGUAUUACAUCUAGUCCUGUGGCUGUACAUUUCAUGAAUGCUAAACAUAAUGUGUCUAGUCUUAAAUAUGUGGGAAUUGAAUCCAUUAAGUGUCCACGUAGGGGAGGUAAUGUUGACAACAUGCUUUUAAAGAGAGAACUGUUUUGGAUAUAUACAUUGAACACAUUAGCACCUAGAGGUCUUAAUGAAGAAUUUGAUAUUAGACCCUUUCUAUUGUAAAUGUCUCUGCAAAUAUCUCCGAUACUCUUGAUUUCCUCAGUAUUCUCUUAACGUUUAAAUGAUGUACUUUAAUUAUUUACUUGAUAUUAUUUACUUGACUACAUUGAUCUUAGUAUGGUUUCAUUGAAUAAUUGGUCCUCACUAUAUUAUGAUGAAAUAAUGUGAUUUAAUAACAGAUGCCUUGAUUAUGAUAUAUAGAAGAAAAUGGUUCACCUUCCCUAAUUGAAUUAUGUACGUAGUAAACUUGUAGACAUGGGUUGAUGGUAAUGUACAUGAUGAUAUGCGAUUAUACAUGUGAGAAUUAUGAUGUCCAUGUAUCAUGUAUAUAGUAUAUUCAGUUAGUAUGUUUGUGUGAUAUGUAAUAUGUUUUACACGGGCAUGGUGCAAUACAUUCUAGAUGUAGAUUUAUAUAUGUAUAUUUUUUUAAUGGUAUGGUAUACGUUUAGGGAUAUGUAAAAUUGUAUGGUGCGUAUAUAUAUGUACAUAUGUUUUUCGUAUAUGUUUUUGUAAAUGAUGAAUUUUGGUAUAUUUGUGUUAUGUGAGUGUGGUGUAAUCACAUGACACAUUGACUAUAUAUAAAUAGGCAACUGUGUUAACUUCCGGUUAGUCUGAGGAAGGGUUGUAGAGACCCGAAACGUCACUCUCAAUAAAUUUAUGAAAGGGAGCUUUUUGGUGUGCGGAUCCUUCUCUUUUGUUACUUAUU